GGGAGAAGAUGUGUUUUAGGCGUGUCGGCGAUGCUGCGCAUGCUCUGCAAGUUCACUUCGCCCCUGCCGGCUGAGCAGCAGCGUCCCGUAUAGACGAGCCAUCGAGGGGAUAUGUCGUGCAUCUGCAGGGACCCCCGGCCCCGGAGCUCCGCGGGUCGAGCCGAGGAGGCCUGAGACGGAGGCCUCCGCCCUCCGGGCCGGACGGCGGCAGCAGCAGGCGAAAGCGUGCGUGCCCAGAUAAACCGAGGCUGUCCAGCCUGCGCUCUGCAGAUAAGCGGAAGCUGCGUGAGUCAACUCUCCCUUUUGGGUUGACAUUGUUUUAUUUUUUUUAUUUCUUCUUCGUGUGCCAGACUUGUGGGAAUCCAUGAACUUAUUAAUAAUCCAUCUCCUGGGCAGCAGCCCCUGAACUGUGAAUGUGUGCUUGGAACCGGGGCGUUUUUUAUUUAUUUACCUGACGUCUAAAAGGAAGGUUCGACUGGACGUGAUGGCCGACUGCGAGGAAUCGGAGUUGUCCGAGUCCCUCCAGAAGGAGGAGCCGGGCACGGACUUCAAAUGCAAAAGUCUGCCCGUCCUGAACGAAGAGGCGCCUCAGGAGGAAACGCCGCUGGCCGGCUCCACGUCCGCGACGGCGGAGGAGAGCGCCGAAUUCACCCAGACCGAGUGCUUCCGGGCGGAGGAGUCCCCGGCGAGAGCGACCCACCAGCCCGAGCCGGGGAAGUCGGCGCUGAACAGGCCGAUCUCGUACGCGGAGAACGCGGAGACCCGCGGGGGUAAAAACAUGGCGAGGAGGAAGCAGCCGGGGAUCUUCGCCUCCCGGCUGGCUCGGAUACGUCUGCCCAGCAGGAAGUACCUCGACGUUUUCGUCCAGGACUCCCGCUGCUUCCUGUUCUGCAUGUGCUACCUGACGUUCAUCCAGUCGCUCAUGGUGUCCGGCUACCUCAGCAGCGUCAUCACCACCAUCGAGAAGCGCUACAGCCUGCGGAGCUCCGAGUCGGGCCUCCUCGUCAGCUGCUUCGACAUCGGGAGCCUCCUGGUGGUCGUGUUCAUCAGCUACUUCGGCGGGCGGGGCCAGAGGCCUCGCUGGCUGGCGGUGGGCGGCGUCUUCAUUGCCGUGGGCGCCGCCCUCUUCUCCCUGCCCCACUUCAUCUCCCCGCCCUACCAGAUCAAGGAGGUGAACUCGUCCUUCGGCAACGAGGGCCUCUGCCUGACCGGCAACGCCAGCGGCCGCGUCGACGUGACUUCCUGUCCCCGCGACCAGGAGGGCAACGAGCACAACCUGUACGUGGCGCUGUUCGUCGUCGCUCAGAUCCUGGUGGGCAUGGGGUCCACGCCCAUCUACACGCUGGGGCCCACCUACCUGGACGACAACGUCAAGAAGGAGAACGCCUCGCUGUACCUCGCCAUCAUGUACGUGAUGGGAGCACUGGGUCCAGCGGCUGGUUACCUCCUGGGAGGAGUCCUCAUCGGCUUUUAUGUGGACCCAGAGACCUCCGUCACCAUCGAUCAGAGCGACCCCCGCUUCAUCGGCAACUGGUGGAGCGGGUUCCUGCUGUGCGCCGUGGCCAUGCUGCUGGUCAUCUUCCCCAUGUUCACCUUCCCCAAGAAGCUGCCGCCCCGACACAAGAAGAAGAAGAGGAGGAAAAAGGUGAGCAUGGACGACCUGUCCAGCGACGACGACGUCCUCAAGGAGAAGAGCAACAACGGCAAGAGCCAGGGGGCCAACUCGUCCAUGGGCUUCGGGAAAGGCAUCAAAGACCUGCCCAAAGCGGCAGUGAGGAUCCUCAGCAACGUGACCUUCCUGUUCGUCAGCCUCUCCUACACGGCAGAAAGCGCCAUCGUCACGGCGUUCAUCACCUUCAUCCCCAAGUUCAUCGAGUCCCAGUUCGGCAUCCCGGCCUCCAGCGCCAGCAUCUACACCGGUUUGAUUAUCGUGCCCAGCGCCGGCGGGGGCAUAUUCCUGGGCGGCUACAUCAUCAAGAAGCUGAAGCUCGGAGCUCGCGAGUCGGCCAAGCUGGCCAUGAUCUGCAGCGGCGUCUCGCUGCUCUGCUUCUCCACGCUGUUCAUCGUGGGCUGCGAGAGCAUCAACCUGGGAGGCAUCAACAUCCCCUACACCACCGGGCCGACGCUCACCAUGACCCAGAGGAACCUCACCGGUGGCUGCAACGUGAACUGCGGCUGUAAGAUCCACGAGUACGCGCCGGUCUGCGGGUCCGACGGCAUCACGUACUUCAACCCCUGCCUGGCCGGCUGCAGCAGCGUGACCAACGACAGCACCGGGAUCCGCAACUACUCCGACUGCGCCUGCGUCCAGAGCCGCCAGGUCAUCACGCCGUCGUCCGGCGGUCAGGGCGGCAGCCAGCUGCAGCUCGUCAUCGUCAAGACCUACCUGAACGAGAACGGCCACGCCGUGGCGGGGAAGUGCAACCGCGCCUGCAGCACCCUCAUCCCCUUCCUCAUCUUCCUCUUCAUCGUCACGCUCAUCACCGCCUGCGCCCAGCCCUCCGCCAUCAUCGUCACGCUCCGGUCGGUGGCGGAGCAGGAGCGUCCGUUCGCUCUGGGAAUGCAGUUCGUCCUCCUCAGGACUCUGGCCUACAUCCCGACGCCCAUCUACUUCGGCGCCGUCAUCGACACCACCUGCAUGCUGUGGCAGCAGGACUGCGGCGUCCACGGCUCCUGCUGGGAGUACGACGUCACGUCCCUGCGCUUCGUCUACUUCGGCCUCGCCGCCAGCCUCAAGUUAUUCGGCUUCUUCUUCAUCUUCCUCACCUGGUACUCCAUCAAGUACAAGGAGGAGCGGGUGGAGCGCUGGCUCAAGCGCCACCUGUCGCCCGUCGACACCGUGGGCAGCCUCGUGUGCCACCCGGGCGGCCGCAAGGGGCACGCCCGCACCCGCUCGUGCCCCGUCAACAUCCCCCGGACCGACCCGUGCGGCCCGCCCGCCAACGCGCCGCCGCCGCGCGCCGGCCCGCUCAACCGCGGCGUCAGUACCCAGAGUUGCCCCGGCAACGAGGUCAAAGGAGCGAUGUUCGCACCUGCGGUGGCCGCCGUGGCGGCGCCGCCCGCGCCGGCCCGCUCGCUGGAAUAUGUUUCGGCCAGAGUCUGAGUUUCAGGAGGGUGAGGGGGAGGUGUGGGGGAGGGGAGAGGGGAGAGGGAAGUCUCACUCUGACAUUUAUUCUGAAAACCGCCGUCUCAGGAGAUAACCGUCGCGUGGAGGUCCGGCUCUCACCUCAUUGUUGUUGUUUUUUGUCCGCACUAAACUGCCUCCUGUGGGUUACAAAAAUAUAUAUAUCACAAACCUCCGGAUCGGCGUCCGGAAGAUGAAAAAGUCGGGACUGGUUUUGGGAACCGAACCCUCCUCGGACAUAAAAAAAACAAAAACGCUUGGGUUGGUGACAUUUUUUGAAAGCGACCUCUUUGUGAACCGUCAGCAGCAGGCAAACAAAAGCUCCCCCCCCCCGACCCCCCUCCUGACCUCGGCAAUAUGCGUGCCUUCUGUCCCCACGGUCCUCACAUGUACAGUAGACCUGCACACACACACACUCCAGACAGACUGUCCCCUCCCCCACCUGUAGGAAGAAGAGUCACCUGAUUGGACGCCUCGGCUUCGCCAGCCCUCCUGCUCCCCCCUCCACCACUACAUCUGUGUUCUUUCUUCAUUUUUAGCUGUUUUUUUUUUCUUUCUUUUUUCCGGAUGCAGAUCGUCACAGAACAAGAAAACAGAAAAGGAAAAAAAAAAAUAGAAAAGAGAAACCAAUGGAAAUGUGAAACACUGCAAUGUACGUGUUGACGACUGGAAACCGAUGGCAUGGUGCUAAUUUGAAAUAGUCGUGUUUUAGUGUUCUUUUCUUCUUCUUCAAGUUCAUUUCUAGGGUUAGAAACGCUUCAGAAGAACCGGACCGCGGCGCCCCGGUGCCGAGCGGCUCGGCGUGCACGGAGCGCAUUCCUGGCCCACGCACGGCCGUUUGUUUUUUUCCGCUCCCCCGACACAAUGACGCGCAGUGUUGCCGCCGGACGUCUGAAUGGUUUGGCUUUCGCCCGCUCCACACAGCGCGCCCGUACGGCCGAGCGGGUCGCCGUCCUGACUAAGCAUCGUGAUAAGUGGCUUAACCUAAAAAAUCCCCCAAAAAACACACACACAAAAAUGGGAUCGGUACGUUUAUUCAGUUUCCAGUGAUUUAUAAAAUGCAGAAAGGCGGCACGUGCUCACAUGUGAGAAGCUGUAACUUUAAAAUGUUUUGUGUCUCCUCGAUCGGAUUAUCAGAAAUGUUAAGUUAAUUUUAUUCAGUUGACUAAUCGCUGAUGGGUGAGGUCAGUCCCCAGUUCGGCCCGGUGGCUAAUGAAGUCGUUCAUGUGCUGUCAUUUCAACAAGUAUUACAAUUCAACAAGUAUUACAAUGCAGGAAAACGGACAAAAAAAAACUCAGAUCCUAUGAAUGUGUUUUUAUUGGGCUCUAAAAAAAAUGUAUGAAUCUGCCAGUCCAGAAAAGAUAUUGCACUCAUAUUGCGAGAUUCUUAAGGAAACAAUCUCACAUCAAACUUCAUUUCGUAGCUUUUCGAUAUUGUCGUUAUGGAUCUGUAGGAUUUUUUAUUUUAUUUUCUCUGAGCACUUUUGGGAAUUCUUCAUCAAUUUUUGCAGGUUAAUAAUAAUAAUAAGAUUACUUAUUUUAGCACACUGGCAUAUUAUUUUAAUUUAUUUAAAGUAAAUGAGGUCUUAAAGACGCAACAACAAACCAACCACCACUAAAAUCAUCUGAUCUUGUCUUUCUUUUUUUUUAAAGGUGGUCUGGUGUUUUGAAGAGAAACAUUUAACUAAAACAAUUAAAAACGGGUAGAAAUUAUACUUAAAAAGGAGAAAAAAAAUUUCAACCACAAUAAAAUGUUUUAUUUAUUUAGUUAGUUAGUGGAUACAAUAGUGAACAUUUUAGUCGUAGCUGCCUGUAGAAACAAAGACGUGCCAACAUUUUAAUAAGCAACUGAACAAUCUAAUUAUGACGGUGAACGCGUAAUGUAUUACUGUUAUCGCACGGGAAUGUUUUAUUUUGAAAACCAUCUAUUUGAAUUGAUGCGGUUUCCUCCAACUUCCGAUAACUGUAAUUUCGCUCCAAAGUUUUGUGUGAAUUUAUUCUAUGAUUUUAUUUUGACCAUAGUUAGAAAUAUGUCUGUUAUUUUUAUUUCAUUUUUGUAAAUAUAUUCAAGCCUUUUGAUUUUUUUAAAUCCUAAAACGAGUAAACGCACACACAGCGGUUUUGCGUUAAAACAAAUGGCACCAGUUUAAUUAUCUAUUUUGGAAAAGUCAACAAAAGGGGAAUUUACAUUAAUUCAGACGAAUGAUUUUCAAAGUAAAAUAUUUCAGUUCAGCAUUUGGUGUUCACUAACGGAUCCAUUUCAGUUACUUAUACAGAUGGUUAUGGGGCUCAUGUGGUUCCUGUUGGGGAGGGGGGGGGGGUCAUUACUCUAUAAAUGCAUUUCUGAGCUGUAAGAACCGGAGUAACAGUAUUACGUAUUAAUAAUCCACUUAUUUCCUAAAGAGCAGCCUUCUGACAGUGUUAACUCUUUUCCUCCUCCACAUAUCAUUUAAGAGGCUCCGAGGACACCUGCUGGCGAGAAAUGGAACAGCAUGUAGACGGGAAGGUAUGAAUUCAACCAAGGAUGAGAGCGAGAGAUACAUGUGACAACAACAACCACCAUAACAGUGUUAACGGGGGAAAAGUCUCCUUGUGUCUCAGACAAUCAAUAUUUUUUACAUUUGAGACCGGAUGUUUAUUUUGGGAUUGUUUUAUUUUCUGUUUCCUCGUCGAGCAAUCUGAUUAUUUCCUGAUGUCAUGGUUAAUAGUUUAGUGUAUACAAUGUAAAUGAAUAAAAAUAAAACCUGUUACAGCAUC